AUGAAUGAAAAUGUGACUAAAUUGGUCCUAGUUACUCUUCAGAACGGAGUGGAAGAAGGGAAGAGAUUCUCGAAUGAGGAAAAUGAUCGAAUGACUUCAAAAGAAUUGAACGAGGAGCCGUAUGAGAUUAAAAUCUCAUGUAUGGUUCUACAGAAUGGCAUUAAGGGUGACUUAUCUAUCAACUUUUCCAUUAUCAUCCCCAAAAAACCAAACUCUGCCUUAAGUAAAGUUGCUAGAGUACGCUUAACCUUUAGGUUUGAAAUGACUACUUUUAUCCCUGGUAUUGGCCAUAAUUUACAGAAACAUUCUGUAGUCUUAGUAAGAGGGAGAAGGGUUAAGGAUUUACCCGGUGUGAGAUAUCCCAUUGUUCGAGGAACCCUAGAUGCUGUCAGAGUAAAGGAUCGUCAACAAGGACGUUCUAGUGCAUUGUAG